GGCAGUAUAGCAUUAAAAUUUUUUUUUUUUUUGGCUGAAUGACAGUAUAGCAUUAUUUUGUACUAGACUACUUGGACCAAUAAUAACACAGGAGUAAGGGAGCAGUUUGUUAAUAAUAAUUCACUCGCAAAAUCUCAAGGAGUUGGAAGCAAAAAUCGAGCUCUGGGUCAAUGGCAAAGAAGGGUUUGUUGAACCAGUACUUGUUGCAGCUUCAGCAUCAUCCACUGAGAACCAAGGCAAUUACAGCAGGGGUGUUGUCGGGGAUCAGUGACUUGGUUUCGCAGAAGCUCACUGGGAUACAGAAGAUUCAACUGAGAAGGCUUGUUCUCAAAGUGCUUUUUGGAGUCUUAUAUCUUGGACCUUUUGGGCAUUUCCUGUAUAUUGUACUGGACAAAAUUUUCAAGGGCAAGAGGGACUCAAAAACAGUAGCCAAGAAGGUGGUGCUGGAACAGUUGACAUCUUCACCUUGGAACAACUUGCUCUUUAUGGUUUACUAUGGGUUGGUUAUUGAGGGAAGACCCUGGACGCAUGUGAAAACUAAAAUUAAGAAGGAUUAUCCAUCAGUGCAGCUUACAGCUUGGACGUUCUGGCCAGUUGUUGGGUGGGUGAAUCACCAGUAUGUGCCGUUGCAGUUUCGUGUCAUUUUCCAUAGCUUCAUUGCAUUUGGCUGGGGAAUAUUUCUGAAUCUACGAGCAAGAUCCAUGGCAUUGACAAAGGCGAAAUGAAAACAAGGAAAUUGAGUCUUCAGAUGGGACAAAUGCACAGUUUGUGCUAGCUUAUUCUUUGUGGCUCAAAGAUGAUGUCUAAGCAUUCAUGUAUUUUUAAAUAAUUGAAUAUCAAUCCUGACUCUCUGUGUGGUAUCCGUGGAUUAUUUAUCAAUGAUUUCAUGCUUCACUAAGCAUUUGUCA